AUGACCCGGUCUCUCUUAAUGGAUUCCUAUUAUGGAAGAUCGCUUUCAAAGCGAAUCGCAGAAUCGGUGAUCGGAAAAUCGUGUCCAAUAUGCUUGAGACACGUGGAAGUUCGCGAUGCAGCAGUGGUUAUCCCAUGUAUGCACACUUACUGUAUCCUCUGCAUCCGCAGGUGGAGCGACUUGAAGCGAAAGUGCCCUCUUUGCAACACGGAUUUCGAUUCUUGGUUCUACAGAAUCAACAUUUCUACUAGAAAAUUUGAGAAAGAAAAAUUAUUGCCGUCCGGUGAGGGUAAAAGGGUAAAUUUGACUGUCCGGGAUGAUUACGUGUUCCGGAGACGGAGAACUCAAAUUUUCCAACAAAGAAGGGUAAUUACGAGAUCCCGAGAAGAAUCAAGCAAUGGGAGAUCUCAAGUGAGGCCGUUGCCAAGGCAACGAUCAUUUGGACAUGAAAGUCACGAGCACCCUGAUAUUAUUGCUGAAAGAGUCAAACAGUGGCGUGCCAGCAUAUACGAGCAGAGGUUGCAAGCUGUUCCCCUCUCUUCGAAGACAAGUCUUGUUCAGAAAAUGGAAGGGCAUCAUGGCAUAAAACAAAUAAUACUUCAGAAAAUAGAACCAUGGAUACGGAGGGAGCUGCAGGCUGUUCUUGGGGAUCCAGAUCCCACAAUCAUUGUACAUGUUGCCACCUCGAUUUUCAUCUCAAGACAUGAAAGGAAGCAUGGAGGCUUUCCAGAACAAGUGGGCAUUGAAGAUGAUUUUCUCGCACCUCUGCGGCCAUUUAUUCAUGAGCAAACAGAUAUGUUUUGGCAUGAACUUGGAUGUUUUGCAGAGAGCUCUUUCUCGAUGGAAACAUAUGAUACUGUGGUAGAAUACAAAGCAUUGGACUAA